UUGACUUUAACAUCAUGUUCUCAAAAAUCUUAGCAUUGAGCGCCGUGCUGGCGGUGUCUGCGGCAGGUCUCCUGCCCCAGGCUCACUACUCCUCAGCCGCAGCCGUCUCCUCCCAGAGCAUAGUGCGCCACGACCAGCCUCACGCCAUCCACGCCGCUCCCGUCGCCAUCCACUCUGCUCCCGUUGCCAUCCACGCCGCUCCCCUCGCCUACCAAGCUGCUCCCAUCGCUUCUUACGCUGCCCCCGCCCAUAUCUCCGCCGGACAUGCCGUAUCCUCUCAGACCAUCCUGCGUCACGAGCAGCCGCGUGCCGCCUACGGUAUCGCUCCCCUAGCGUACGCCGCCGCACCCGCUCACUACUCCGCACCACUCAUUAGCCACGCCGCCCCCGCUGCCAGAAUCAUCGCCGCGCACCAAGACGAAUACGCUCACCCCAGAUACGACUUCUCCUACUCCGUGGCUGACGGACACACCGGCGACAACAAGUCUCAGCAGGAGAGCCGCGACGGCGACGCCGUGCACGGCCAGUACUCUCUGUUGGAAGCUGACGGCUCCGUGCGCACCGUGCAGUACACCGCUGACGACCACAGCGGCUUCAACGCGGUCGUCUCCAACUCCGCUCCCGCCCACCACGCCGCCCCCGCACAUGCCAUCCUCGCUCAUCACUAAACAUUGUCAAUAACUAGUCUGCCUCAUUGUGAUAAUUAAAUUAUUUAAACAUGAUUUUAGAUUUCAAUUAAAGAUAUAAUUAAAAUAAAAUAAUCAUUUUCUUUAUAAGAACACUGUUGAAUAGUUUAAGCUCCAGAAGUUUGCGAUGGAAUUUAAGUAAAUAUAUAUGUACAAACUGUAUUCAUAAUACAAACAAACGGACACGAGAGACACGGGACA